AUGGGGGAUUACGGGUUUGGCGUUCUAGUGCAAAACAAUACUGGGAAUAAGUCAGCUUUUCCCGUCAGAUUUCAUCCACAUCUGCAACCUCCGCACCACCAUCAAAAUGCAACCCCCAGUCCUGCUGCUUUUAUAAAUAACACAGCUGCCAAUGGCAGUAGUGCUGGGUCAGCUUGGCUCUUUCCUGCGCCAGCUGCCCAUAACAUUCAGGAUGAGAUUCUGGGGUCAGAAAAAUCUAAAGCUCAGCAACAGGAAAAACAAGACUCCCUAGAAAAACAGCAGCUUUCCCCUAGUCAAAGUCAGGAAGCAGGCAUGCUGCCUGAAUCUGAGAAAGCUAAAUCUGAAGAAAACCAGGGGGAUAAUUCUUCUGAGAAUGGCAAUGGGAAGGAGAAAAUAAGAAUAGACUCUCCAGUGUUAACAGGAUUUGAUUACCAAGAGGCUACAGGGCUAGGUACAUCAAGCCAGCCUUUGACAUCUACUGCAUCUUCUCUGACUGGUUUCAGUAACUGGUCAGCAGCUAUAGCGCCUUCUUCUUCAACAAUAAUCAAUGAAGAUGCAAGUUUCUUCCACCAGGGAGGGGUUCCUCCUGCUUCAGCUAAUAAUGGUGCUUUGCUGUUUCAGAAUUUUCCACAUCAUGUCAGUCCUGGUUUUGGGGGUAGCUUUUCUCCUCAGAUUGGACCCCUCUCUCAGCACCACCCUCAUCACCCCCAUUUUCAGCAUCAUCACAAUCAGCAUCAACAACAGCGAAGGUCUCCUGCAAGCCCUCAUCCACCUCCAUUUACACAUAGAAAUGCUGCUUUUAAUCAACUGCCUCAUCUUGCUAAUAAUCUUAACAAACCACCUUCUCCAUGGAGCAGCUACCAAAGCCCAUCACCUACACCAUCUUCUUCAUGGAGUCCUGGUGGUGGUGGUGGAUAUGGUGGGUGGGGAGGGUCCCAGGGGCGAGACCACCGCAGGGGACUUAAUGGAGGAAUAACACCUCUGAACUCCAUCUCACCCCUCAAGAAGAAUUUCCCAAGUAAUCAUAUCCAGUUGCAGAAGUAUGCACGGCCCAGUUCCGCAUUUGCUCCAAAAUCUUGGAUGGAAGACAGUUUGAACAGAGCUGACAAUAUAUUUCCGUUUCAGGAUCGCACGAGAACUUUUGACAUGCAUUCACUGGAGAAUUCACUAAUUGACAUAAUGAGAGCUGAAAGUGAUUCACUGAAAGCAAGGACAUAUGGGAGAAGGCGAGGUCAGUCCUCACUGUUCCCAAUGGAAGAUGGUUUUCUGGAUGAUGGACGUGGGGAUCAGACUCUUCAUAGUGGCUUGGGGUCACCACAUUGCUUCUCUCACCAAAAUGGCGAGCGAGUGGAACGGUACUCCCGCAAAGUGUUUGUAGGCGGUCUCCCACCUGACAUUGAUGAAGAUGAGAUCACAGCUAGCUUUCGUCGCUUUGGCCCUUUGAUUGUGGAUUGGCCUCACAAGGCUGAAAGCAAGUCCUAUUUUCCUCCUAAAGGAUAUGCAUUUUUACUGUUCCAAGAUGAAAGCUCUGUACAGGCUUUGAUUGAUGCAUGCAUUGAAGAAGAUGGAAAACUCUACCUGUGUGUUUCCAGUCCUACAAUUAAAGACAAACCGGUUCAGAUCCGGCCUUGGAAUCUUAGUGAUAGUGACUUUGUGAUGGAUGGCUCACAGCCUCUUGAUCCACGGAAAACCAUUUUUGUUGGAGGAGUUCCUCGACCCUUGCGAGCAGUGGAGCUUGCAAUGAUAAUGGACCGGCUUUAUGGAGGAGUUUGCUACGCUGGAAUUGACACAGACCCUGAGCUGAAGUACCCAAAAGGAGCUGGGCGUGUUGCAUUUUCUAAUCAACAGAGUUAUAUAGCUGCUAUCAGUGCCCGCUUUGUUCAGCUGCAACAUGGAGAGAUUGAUAAACGGGUGGAAGUUAAGCCAUAUGUCUUGGAUGAUCAGCUGUGUGAUGAAUGUCAGGGGGCCCGUUGUGGUGGAAAAUUUGCUCCAUUUUUCUGUGCUAACGUUACCUGUCUGCAGUAUUACUGUGAAUAUUGCUGGGCUGCUAUCCAUUCACGCGCUGGCAGGGAAUUCCACAAGCCCCUGGUGAAAGAGGGAGGAGAUCGCCCGAGACAUAUUUCAUUCCGCUGGAACUAAGUGAUUACUGAAGCGUGUUCAUAUGCAGGCCUCAAAAUAAGUGCACUCUUCUGUUCUCCUGAUUCCCUUGCCCUCCCUUCCUCUUCUCUCUUACUCAAGAUAGCAUGUCCUACUGUUGUAGUCUGUAAUUUAACAAUAGUGUAACAAAAGAAUGACCUAUAACCAUAUAGGUAUUUUGUAGAAUCUUGUCAUUAAACUGUAUUGGGAACUCUUUUUCAUAGGGAUAACACAGUGCAUGGAAGCCAGGUUCUCUUACCUUUAGUUACCCAGAGGACAAAGCUCUCCUGCUAUCUUUUUUUGAAGGAAGAGAGAACAAUAUUAAGAGAAGAGAAAUGAAACAAUAGAGUAUUUUCUUUUUUAAUUAAAUUAUUGCUAAUAACAACAAAUCACUAGAAUACUUUUAUUAAAGUAACCAUGAGAUAGGAACACUAUGAGUCAAUUCUGACACUUUCUCCAACUCGCCUCCCCUCCCCUUUCCCUAAACCCCAAACCUCUGGGGAGCCUGUUUUCUUGCCGCCUAUGAUUUUAUAGCAAUGGAAGCAGUUAGCCGUUAACUUAGUAACAGGAAAGAGCAUGUUUAAAGCAACAAAAAUGCAUGAGCAAGGUUUAAAGCAGCAUUAAGUUAAUUUUUUAUUUAAGGGUUCCAAAGCUAAAUUUUUUAGCACAGUAUGUCUCACCGUGCCUCUGACUUCCCACCACAUUCAAACGUUUACUAAUUGAGUAGGCAGAGCUUAGAUCUGUGUUUUUCAUCCAAGCAAUCACAUUUUAAAAGUUCCCGAAUGUAAAUCCUGGGUCAAUUUACUACUGGGGGGUGGGUGGGGAGUGCACUUAUUCUUUGUUGUUGUUGUUGUUGUUGUUUAUUUUUUGAAAAGAAACGUCAUUAUCAGAAUACAGCCCUAGAAAUCCUACCAAAGUUAAAGUAAUGACAACUAGUGAACUGGCAUGUCCUCUCCUGAAGAACAAAUGUAUAGAUUUUAUUUUUGAUGGUUAUAUAGAACUCUAUAUCCUAAUUUACUAAUGUUAAUCAGGUGCCAGCCUUUGUUCUCCAUUUUGACAUGAAAUACAAGAACCUAAAUAUAUACCUCAAGAUUAUCGUAUUGAUUCUCACCCCCUUCUAAAAACAAAUUACCAGGAAUUUACUCUUACAACACAAAUGAAAAUUGGCUUGUUUAUUGGGCUUACUCUGGGAUGUAAGAUGAGUUUAAAAUGUAAUCCUAGGCAAGUCUACUCAGAUGUAAAUUCCACUGAAUUCAGUGAGACUUACUUCCAGGUAGGAGUGUAUAGGAUUGCUGCCUUAACCUGCUAAUGAAGCUGCAUUGUAGAAAUAAGAAAGAAGGCAAUGUGAAGUUUGUUUCCAGAAUUGUUUUGCACUGUUGGCUGAAUGAAUCAACAAGCAUGUUUGCUAAGAACAUGUUUGUCUUUCAGCUGAGAGCAAGUAAGGAAGUCAAGGGACUUAACAAAAAGAACUCUUUUCGAAACUUAGCCCAGAAAAUAAAGAAUUGUGUGGCUUUUAUUCAUCGUUCCAGGGUAUUGAGUGAGGGGUUUUAAACAUGUAACUGGGACAUACAAUACUUGUUAAGGCUAAGGUGCAGGAUAGAGUUGCUUAGUUUAAAAUAGUCCUUUGAUUCUCUGUCUGUCAGUCUGAGAAAAUGGAGUGGAGUUGAAUGUGUUCAGUUCAUAAUAAAAUGAUUUUGUAGCAGUGUGCAAAACAGCCCAGGCUAUUGGCAAUCUGAACUGGCAUGGUUACCACCAUAGACUCUUAAACCAAAGACUUGCCUUAGCACAGCUACAGAAAAACAUCUCUUCUGUAAGCCCUCUCCUCCCUUUUCUUUUCAGAAUUAGCUUUCAGAAGCAUUUUUUUAAAAAAAAAAAGUUUUCAAUACAUAAAACAUACCUUGUUAUUUUCCAAAGGUCAAAAUGGAGAAAUUUGCUGUCUACUCGUCAAGUAGAGAAAGGGAGCUGCUUUUAAUGAAAUCCCUGCAAAUAUUGACAACAGUAAACGCAAAUGGAGAGUGUUCUUUUGUAGACUGUCAGGGACCUUUUUCUCUGAAGUACAUAAUUAUAGUUGGAAUAUUCCUUUUAAUUUUUUAAAAUGCUUGUAGGUGGCUUGGGGUGUCUUAUUGUGCCGAUCCUACCCAGUGAACAGGUGAGAUGGGUUACCAUUACAAGAAAUAACACUGUUUGAGAAGUAGCUUUGAAUAAUAAUUUUUCCCUUUGUACAUGACCUGCUGAAUUUCGGUACAGUGUUUUUGUAGCUAACUUAUUUUGUCAUGCACAUAAUGUAUAUUUGUUAUGCACUACUUUUGUAUAUCUUGUUUUUCCAACAGUGAGCAUUUUUAGGCACACUUUUCACUGACGGGAUAUCUCUUUAUGCAAUACCUCAAUUUUUCAUAUUGCAAAGAGUAGCUUUUUGUACUUUUAUUACUGAGAGAUCUUCAUAUACUUCAUUUUUUAAUAUAAAUAAUUUUAAUAAAUUUUAUUUUCUUAUAUUCUGCUUUUUAUACAUUUCAGUGCUCUGCAUACAUUUUGAAUUAUGGAUGUUGUGCACUGGCAAUGCUAUUUUAGAAUUUGCAGAGAAAAGAAAGCAUGUUGCUUAAACAUCUUUAGCCCAGCACCAGGUAUUUGGUGUACAUAUAAUUUAAGAAAUACUUAUAUGUAAAGUUGAGACUUAAAAAAAGACAUUUUUAAAAGCAUGAAAAUGACAAAUGAGAGUUUGUCUUUAGACCCUUGAAAUUUAAUGCAUAAGCAUAGAGUAGAAGUAAAAGUAACAUCCCAAAUUGUCUACUGCUUCUUAAUAGGUUUUUAAAAGUAAUAAACAAAUACAGAUGUUUUUGGUGAAUGUUUAGCCAUUUUUAAUCUUAACAAAUUGAUGUUAGGUGUUUGCAGAGAUGUGUCUGCUCUUUUAAAUCAUAUUUAAGAAAUAAACCCAAGCCUGCCCAGUGGUGGGCAUGUAAUGUUAGUAUGCAUGACUAAUAUUUAAAAAAAUGUUAUUCUACUAAUAUUCACUUGUGGUGAUUGUGUGAAAAGCGUGUUUACAGAUUAUUUGGUUACACUUCAAUUUACAGGGCAUAAAUGAUUAUCUAUAUUACUCUGUACUCGGAAUAGUGCUAAUAUAAUAUGUCCUUCUGAUUACAUGGGAGGUGGAGUUGCCAUGUCACUCCAAGCAUAACUAACAUUAAAUUAAUUUUAAAAUAUUAGGAUAUCACUUUAUUUUAAAGGGGUAUAAACAAGCUUGUCAUUUUCUCUCAUAAGCAUGGCAUUGGCCAUGUAUUUACAAUGUAGUUACAGAGUAAUUACAUGGUUAUUUUUGCAAUGUAAAAUAAAGUGUUUCUGAUUAUUUUAUAUGUAAAGGAAUCCCCACUGCCCUGUGCUUUUUUGGUAUAUAGUAUCUACUUCUCCAUACACAGACCUCUGCAGAAAGCAAAUCUAAAACUUGCAGUGAAUGACUUUAGUGUUUUAUAAGGAUGCUGUUGGAAAGACUUGAUAAUUCACCCCUUUUUUGUUUCUUGAAGAGUUAAAGCCUUCUGUUUUAAAAGGUAAAACUUGAAUGUGAUGAAUUGUGGCAAGUUAACUUCAAGUUAUGUGCAAUACUUAUUUCAGACUUCUGGAAGAUCUUUGCAGUGUAAUUCUUUGUUUUUAAUUGCAGACAUUUAAAAAUGUCAUUUUCUACUGUUCUAGUAAAUCCUCUUUCUUGCUGGUGUUUCUAAAGAAAAGAAUCAGAAAUCAAUCUUUCUACUAAUGUAAAUUUGAAAUUAUUUUUUAAAAAAAGGAAUAAAAGAGGUUUUGGUCAUUUGCUUUAUUUUAUUAUCUUAUUUUAAAGCUACUGUGAUUGAUAGCAUUGUAAGAAUUGGGACAAUAUUGUAUUCAACUGUUUUAUUUUUUAUAUUUUUAAAAUUUAAAGUAUAAUUAGUUUUUAUAAUUUUCAUCAGAUUCUUUUGUUAUAUUUUUUGGAAGUGAAACUUUUAGCAAGUGGGUGUCUAGUUUUUACUAAUCCCUAAUAUGUUUUCCCCCAAUGUAAUGCUCAUAUUAUCAGAAGGAAAAGUUAUUUAAGUAUGUCAGUUACUUGUACUACUUGGCUGAAUUUCCAUAUAGUUUUUACUGUGUAUGGGGAGGUUGUAGUAUUUAUUAUAGCAUUUUAAAUAAGGGUAAUUCAUUUUUUAUUAAAGUCAUUUUCACAUUUUAAGUUCAUAUUUUUGUAUGUUCUACUCUAAGUUAUAACACAAGUUUCUUUUUUAAGAGAGUUCAUUUGUUGAAGUGCUAGUGAAAAAUUAAUGUUAUUAAAUAGUUUGCAAAUGACUAUUUAUACCAGUAUGCAUAUAAUUUUUAAAUAUUUGUAAUGUGAGAUGUUGAAUGAAUAAAACUUUUAACGCAAUGUC